AUGGAUAAGAAAUAAGUGUCUUGGCAUUAAACUUCAUUGAGAUGGUUAUUUUUGGCAAUGACAUGCAUAUUUUAAGUUGGAUGUUGUUUGUGCAGUGACUUCCCAUCUGUUUUAGCAUCCCAGAUGAAGUUGCAAUUCUCUAUUUAAUAAUCAGAUAUUAAUCAACUAUUUACAUUUUAUUCCUUGCCUAAUGUUAUAUUUCCAUUUUUUGGAGGAAUUAUCAUUGAUAAGAUAGGAAUAAGAACCUCUUUGGUUUCAUUUGCAGCUUUUCUUGUGUUUGGAUAAGCUUUAUGUUAUUAUGGAUCCCUAAUUUUAAACUACAACUAUUUGAAAAUUGGUAUGAUGCUAAUGGGCAUGGGUGGUGAAAUUUGCAUGAGUGUGGCAUAGAGUUCUAUUGUUAGUAAAUGGUUUGUUGGCUAAGAGAUGGCCUUAGCAUUUGGUUUAAAACUAACAUUUACAAGAUUAGGAUCAGUUCUAGGAGUAAACUUGCUGAGAUACACAUAUGUUCAAUUUAAUGACAGCUUUCAGUCUUGCAUGAUGAUUUGUUGUAUCAUCAUCCUAAUUGUUUGGGGAGUCUCAUUUAUUCAAAUUGAAAUGGAUAAAAUAAGUGAUUUUAGAGAUGGAUAAAUUAAAAAGGAUGAGGAAUAAUCUAAUGUUAGUCUAUCAGAUAUUAAACAAUUUAAAUUGGAUUUCUAUCUCGUAUCUUUAACUUGUGUAUUAUCAUAUAGUGCUUUCAUUGUUUUGUAAUAAAAUUCUUUGCAAAUGUUUAAAAUUAGAUACCAACUUCAAGAUUAGGAAGCCACAUUUUUUUACAGUCUGCCUUAUUACAUUAGUGCAAUUAUUACUCCAAUUUUUGGUGGUUUUGUUGAUAAAAUUGGAUAAAGACCUUUAAUUAUUCUCGUUUCUGGUGUUUUACUCUUAAUUUCUACUUCUUUAUACUGUGUAGAACUUAAUUGUAUUAAUGACACUUGCCAUAAUUUAACAUUAUUGGCUUAAUCAAUUAGCGGUCUAUCUUUUGCAAUUUUCGCUCCUGUAAUUUGGCCAUGCAUUCCUUUAUGCAUUAAAGCCAAUGCUUAAGGUACUGGAUUCGGAGUUGUAACAUCAAUUUAGAAUAUCGGCCUAGCCCUUUUGCCUUUAAUAGUUGGAUCUAUUAUUUAAGAUGAAACAUAAUAAUCUUAUGUCUAAAUGAUGUAAUUUAUUCGAAUGGUCACUAUUUUGGGUACAUUAUGCAAUAUAACUUUAUAUAUGUAUGAUAAAUCGCAUGGGAAGAAGUUGAGUGCAAAAUAAACAAAAUAAAAAAGUAAUUGA